AUGUGUGAACAAACAAAACGCUAUUUUUCCCCGCGUCUUGUUGAUUAUGUGAUUGUAGUUGGUUGUCGUCAUCCGAACAAAUAUAAUCAUGUAACGCAAACACCUGAAUUACUUCGUCGUUAUCCUUUAGAAGAUCAUAAGGAUUUUGCAUUACCGCCUGAUGUUAUAUUUUUCUGUCAACCUGAAGGUUGCAUCAAUACAGGCCAUCAACGAACAGCUUUUCGGCAAUUAACGUCAUUUGUAUUCACAUUAACCGAAAAAGAUUCUAAUCGUCAACGUUUUGGUAUAUGCGUAAAUUUUUAUCGCCAUUUUUCUCGUCGCGCAUGUUCAGUUCACAAUCACAGUCAGCAAAAAACGAACCAACCUGAUUCAUCCGACGAUACAACACAAACGCAAUCGACUAAUGAACAAACAAGUACUACUGAUGGAGCCGAGAAUAAUAAUGAGCGUAAACGUAAACGAUGUUUAAGAAAUAAUACAUUAACAUCUAUUUGUCUUAUAAGUCAUCAUCCAUUUUUUACACGUUUUCGUGAAUGUCUCGUUACAUUAAAAACAAUAAUUGAUGCUUGUGAUGAACGAUCAAGUGCGAAACGUACGGGAGCAUCAAAAGGAAUUUCUAGAGAAACUGUUUGGGGUGUAUUAACAGGUCAAGCAUGUGAAUGUACGUCUAAUUUAGUUGGCCAUGAAGUACGAGAAAUUGAAACAUGGAUAUUACGUUUAUUGAGUGCACCAGUUUCUAUACCAGGAAAAACAAAAAUAUUGAUUGAAACGUUACCUAAUGAACCACCAAUGUUAUUUGCUUUACCUGAUCAUACGCGAUUUUCACUUGUGGAUUUUCCAUUGCAUCUGCCACUUGAAUUACUUGGUGUAGAUUUAUGUAUACGAGUGUUAACAUUAAUCAUGUUAGAAAAUAAGGUCGUAUUUCAAUCUCGUGAUUAUAAUGCAUUAACGAUGAGUGUUUUGGCAUUUGUUGCGUUACUUUAUCCACUUGAAUACAUGUUUCCUGUUAUACCAUUAUUGCCAACAUGUAUGACUGGCGCCGAACAACUCUUACUCAUUCCAACACCGUUUAUAAUUGGUGUACCAGCAAGUUUUUUUCCUUACAAAGGAAUGGUAAUAAAAAAACUUGAUGAUAUAUGGAUUGUUGAUCUUGAUGCCAAUCAGAUAAUACAACCACGACAAACAGAGCCAUUUUUUGACAUUCCAGAAUUUGAAUAUAACAUUUUAAGUAACCAUUUAAAACAAGCACUAAGUAGCAUGUCAAUAGAUCCUGAACCAAUUCAAAGUUUUGAUGCUAUGCUCAAUGAUAAGUCAUAUUUACUGUCAGUAAACAAUUCUAACCCAUUACCAUCAACAGCAUACAAUCCAUUUAUCUAUGGCAACGAUGUCGAUUCCGUUGAUAUUGCUACACGUGUAGCAAUGGUUCGAUUUUUUAUGUCGCCAAAUAUACUUGGAAAUUUUAAUGAACAUACACGUACAUUAAGAUUACAUCCACGAGCUGUUGUUGCUUUUCAAUACAGUAGUUUUAUUCGGUCACGACCGGUUAAAUCGGCAUUUAUUAUUCGUUUAGCAAAAACACAAGCUGUCGAGUUUUUUGCUGAAUGGUCACUUUGCCCAGAAAAUGUGGCAUUUUUACGUGUACAAACAGGUGUUUUUGAUCCAGCACUUAUUGGUGAUAAGCCCAAAUGGUAUAGUCGAAAUUUAACAUCAAUACCAUUCAAAAUCAUCGAAGAACAUAGUACACUCAGUCAAGCAGUGACUUCGUUUAAUGCAAAUCUAAAUAAUAUUGAACAUUCAGCCACAGAUGAAAGCGGAAGUGAUUCGGAAGAAGAUGGUACAAAUGCAGAUUAUUCAUCAUUAAGUGAAUUUGUAUCAGAAAUGAUUAAUAGUGAUAUAUGUGGAGAAAUCCGAAUUGCUAGAAUCUAUCCAGAAAAUCAAGAAAAAACGGCUUGUGUGGAAUAUUCAACGAUUUAUCAUCCACCAGAAGAAUUAGAAAUUCCCGAUAAUGGCUCAAAUAAAAAUGCAAGUGGAAAUGAGUCAAGUCAAUCAAUGAGUGAAUCAACAAUAAGUUCAAGUUCGAAUUCACUUGUCAGUUCAAGACAUAACUCACCAAGUGAGGAUACAAAUAACUUAAUACCUGAUCUAUCAGGUUCCGUUCAUGAUAUCGAUUCGAAAUCAAGUUCAGCAACAAUUACGCCAAUAACAAAAAGCUUUCCAAAGCCCCUUUUUGAUUCAAAAGUAUUUAUCGAUGAAGAAAAUACAGAACAAGCGUCACCUCCAGAAACCCGUGCAAAGAAUAUAUUAACGCAAGGAACUUCUAGUCAACGUGCUCGCCCGAGAGUGCCACGUACAGAUAGUCAUGAUUCAGCAACAAGUGCAUUAUCAAAUAAAAGUGGAAAAUCGCAUAAAGGUGACUCCGAGAGUGUAUCGCCCGCUAAUCAUUCAUUACUUCAGCAAGUUGGUGAUGAAAUACAUUCAACAAUGGCUGGUCGAGUAAUGUCAAAUAUGGCAAAAAUGGCAUCAAGUAAAAUGUCCGAACUACUUGCAACUAGUGCUGAAAAUCCUCGUCAAGCAAAUUCUCAAUUGAUUCGAGCUACUCGACCGCCACCCUUUCCAUUUCCAAAACAAAAUCGUAAAAUAGAAAAACCUAGUCUAGUCAAACAUGGUACAACAGCAUCCAAUACUGCAAUGGCUACUCGACAACAAAAUGUCGAAACAAAAGCUAAUACUCAUAGCGAAAAUCAACAAUUUUUAAAAGAUAUUGUUACGAAUAUUCUCGAUGGACAAGGCAUUGGUUGGUUGAAAAUAAAUCGAGUUAAAAAAUUAAUGGAAGAUGAAAAUUAUCGAAAUUUCGUUCUCAGCCGUUUGAAUACAAAUCUCGAUAAAAAAUAUUCCGAUGAAGAUGAUCAUAUUGAAGAUGUUAAAGUAACUCGAACUAUUUUCAAAGGUAUGACAAAUAUAUUACGAGCUGUUAUUCAAGGUCUUGAAGUCACAUUUGAAAAUAAUGGUCUUGGCGGUAUGGCAUCAACAGUUCAAUUACUUGAAAUAGCCCAUACACAUUAUUGGAUAAAAGAUGCUAAGAAUGAUUUAAGUCCAAUGUCCGAACGAAAUAGUCCUCUUAGCAGUAGUCGAGAAAGUCUAUCAUCAAUUGAUCCAAAUAUCCCAUUGAAUACAGUACCGCUUCCACCCGCGGUUCCUAAUCAACAGCAACAGCAACAACAACAACCAAGCAAUGUACCAACUCCAAAUACUGGACUUGCUGCACAUUUAGGAAGUUUAUGGCGUGAAUCAAAACUAGCGCUUGCACGUAGCUAUGCAACAGCUGCACAAGCAGGCAUAAAUCUUGGAGGAAAUGUGGAACUUCGGACUAAUCCAAAACAUUCAUUUUCGCCUCAUGUACCGUUUCAUUCGCCACUCACUGUCAGCCCAUCAUUAUCAUCGAAUAUGAAUGCAAAUAUUCGUCCGAUGCACUCUGAAACAAUAGCGGAUUCAGUCGAGACUAACAGUGGUGAUUCUAGGAGUAAAGAAAAUUCGUCUCGAGCAAAACCCGUUUCAGAAGAUAAAUCAAUGGGUAUCACUUCUGCCAAUGGUCAAAAACAAGCAACCAUCAACGCGCACGAAACAACUGACAAUCAUGUUCGACCUGAUUCAUUGAAUUUUACAAAUGAAUCUGUACCUAAAAUAUCUACAAAUAUAUCACGCAUAAAUUCAAUAGUAGCCGAUGAAGAAAAUGGAACAGAUUCAAGCUCAUCUAGUCGACGUCCAUCUAAAAUAAAUCAUCAUCAUAUACGAACAUCAAAUCAAUUGAAUGAUGAAAAAUUAAAAGUUCGACGAUUAUCAAAUGUAUCAUCAGUUAAAAGUGUUUUCUCUGCUGGACAUAGAUAUCGUAAUGGAUUGAUUGUACAAGCAACUGAAAAUAAUUCAACGUCUCCUAUUGAUAAACAGUAUUUAUUCGAAAUUCUUAUCGGUAGUUCACGUAGUCAUUUAUGGGAUCAAAUGCAAGUGUGGGAAGAUGUAUUUCUUGAUGCUGUCGCACAAGAGCGUGAUAUUAUUGGUCUUGAUCAAGGUCCAGCCGAGAUGAUGGAACGUUAUUAUUCAUUAUCGAAUGCGGAUCGUAAACGUUUAGAAUUAGAUGAAGAUCGUUUAUUAGCAGUUAUGCUUUAUAAUUUGGUCGCAUUUAUGAUAAUGAUGCGUGUCAGUAAAGAAGAGGUUCGUCGAAAAAUUCGUCGAAUACUUGGCCGUUGUCAUAUUGGUUUAACAAUGAGUCAACAAGUCAAUGAAUUACUUGAUAAUGUUGCUAAUUUGAAUGGCAAUGACGUUGACUUACGUCCAUCAGGUAGCCGUCUAUUACAAAAACAAAGUUUCACCGUACAUUGGGGAACAGACAAUACUGGUGAUAUGCUAUUUAUGGAGGUUUGGGACGAUUGUAUUAUUCUUCGAAGUGUACUUGGCGAAGUUUAUGAUCGUUGUUGGUUUGAAAAAUUAGUCAAUAUGACAUUUUGUCCAAAGACAAAAGUACUUUGCCUAUGGCGUAAAGCUGACGGUGAAACGCAACUUAAUAAAUUUUAUACAAAACGAUGUCGUGAUCUAUAUUUUUCAAUAAAAGAAGCCAUGGAAAAGGCAGCAUCCCGAAUGAAAGGCGUAUUACCAGGUCAAGAACUCGGUGGCGAAUUUCCCAUAAGAGAUGUUAAUACAGGUGAAGGAGGAAUCCUACAAGUGUGCCUUGAAGGCAUUUGUUUAACAUUUGAAAAUGAUAAGGAAUUUAUUGAAUUACAGAAGAUCCGAAAAUGUACAACACAAAAAGGAGAUAUAUUUGUACUGGAAGAAUUCGAUCCGAAUACAAAACAAAUUCUUAUUAGAAAAUAUAAAUCGUCAACGGCGAGUAGUGCACUGCUUGCUUUUCAUCGUGUUGUAUCCAUUUUGGUGGAACGUCGCAAACUAUACUCUGCUAAUAGUAUAUCCAAUGUUAAUAAUCAUCACACGCAGCAGAUUAUCGAUGAAUUAGGUAUUGUUCGUGUUCUAUAA